AUGUUCAGUUCAAAAACAGAAGAGAAGAGACUCACGAGCACGCGCUGUCCGCCGUCGUUGAUCGUGAGCGGGCCGCCGGAGUCUCCGCUGCACGUGCUCUUGCCCCCGGAGCCGCUGGUGCACAGCGUGGAUGCGAUCACGGUCGAGCCGCCGAAUGAGCGCUGGCAGACCGCGUUGCUACUUACUGUUGAAAUUGACUCUGCUAAUGGUUAUUAUAGCGACGUCAUUGUGCAAUGUGGAGGGGUUGUAGCGGCUGUGGGUUUGGACGUUGCUGGUGGUGAUCCUGGUGCCGCCGGAGAAGAGACGCGUGGAGCCCAGCACCACGGUGAACUGGCGCGCCCGAUUGCGGCCGUCCCACCAGCAGUGCCCCGCCGUCACCAGGCGCGUGUUGGACAGCAACGAGGAGCCGCAGACUGA